ACUCGUGCCAAGAAAGUGACUUUUGGUUUUGAUAAAAUUGGAGGAAUAGACAAAAUAAUAACAGAAAUCAGAGAAUUAGUUGAGUAUCCUUUAUUACAUCCAGAGAUAUACAAACACGUUGGUAUAGACCCACCAAGAGGUAUUUUAUUACAUGGGCCACCUGGGUGUGGUAAAACCCUUUUAGCCGAAGCGAUAGCCGGGGAAGUUGGUGUUCCCUUCAUAGAGGUAUCAGCGACUGAAUUAGUGGGUGGGGUAUCUGGUGAGAGUGAGCAAAAGAUUCGUGACUUAUUUGAUGAUGCGGCGAAGUUAGCGCCGUCCCUCUUAUUUAUUGAUGAGAUUGACUCGAUCGUACAAAAACGGGACAACUCGCAACGUGAAAUGGAGAAGCGAAUAGUCGCGCAACUUCUCUCUUCGAUGGACAAAUUGUCGACAGCGGAUAAGCCAGUGAUGGUCAUUGGUGCGACGAAUCGACCCGAUUCUUUAGACCCUGCUCUUCGAAGAGCUGGGCGAUUUGAUAAGGAAAUAGCAUUAGGUAUUCCAAGUGAAGAACAACGUCGACAGAUCGUGACAAAAAUGAUUGAAAACCUCAAAAUAGCUGAGGACGUUCAAAUUCUUCCACUCGCAAAGUCUACAGCGGGGUAUGUUGGAGCAGACAUCGCAGCAUUAACUAAAGAGGCUGCCGUGCAUGCCGUCCAUCGUGUCUUCAAUUCCAAAGUCGGGAGUGAAUCGGUGAAGAGUCCAACACCAAACCCUAAUUUAGCAGAUGGUAUCGAACAGCGACAAGCCGUCUGCGAUUACUUAAAAGAGCAUAAAGAGCCUCUUUCUGUCACUGAGUUGGCACAACUGAAUAUCAAACAAGACGAUUUCGAAUAUGCAUUAACAGUAGUACAACCUUCUGCUUUAAGAGAAGGGUUUACUACUAUACCCGAUGUAACGUGGGACUCUAUUGGAGGGAUGGAGAACGUCCAUGACGAGUUAAUUCGACUUGUUGUUGGUGCUGUACAAUACCCCGAGUUGUAUAAGAAAUUUGGUAUUUACACGCCGGCGGGGAUUCUGUUAUAUGGACCGCCCGGGUGUGGUAAAACGUUCUGUGCUAAAGCACUUGCAAAUGAGUGUAAAGCAAACUUCAUUGCUGUGAAAGGCCCACAGUUACUCAAUAAGUACGUUGGCGAAGCAGAAAGAGCUGUGCGACAACUCUUCGAGAGAGCAAAGAACUCGGCGCCGUGCGUCAUCUUCUUCGAUGAACUCGAUGCGCUCGCGCCAAAACGAAGUGAAGACUCGAGUGGGGUCUCGCGGAUUGUGAAUCAGUUACUGACUGAAUUGGAUGGGAUGGACGUGCGGAAAGACGUGUUUGUUGUUGCAGCGACGAAUCGCCCGGAUUGCAUUGAUCCCGCCAUGUUACGUCCAGGAAGACUUGACAGACUGAUUUCAGUCGAGUUGCCCAAUGAAAACGCACGUGUCGAUAUCUUAAAAACGAUUUGUAGAAGACAAAAAGUCCCUCUUGAAAAAGACAUCAACUUGGAAACAAUUGCAAGAGACAAAAAAGUCGAAGGGUUUUCAGGAGCGGAUUUGGCUGCUUUGGUCAAAGAAGCAAGUGUAAGAGCUUUGAACGACGUCGUGAAAAAUGUCGGAUAUGAAGAGGCUCAAAAAGUCGGAGGAGAGGUCCAAAGAAAGCACUUCGAUGAGGCGCUCCUCAAAAUUCGAAGAAGUGUAAGUAAAGAAGAUGAACUCGAAUACCUCAAGAUCAAGCAAAACAUUUUGUCACAAAAUUGA